AUGGGCCCAUCAUUCCUCUACGUCCCUGGCGGCAACGUCUCCCGAAUGUCCAAUCCACUCGACUAUAACCCACGCUGCUUAAAGCGAGACCUAACCACGUCCAUCCUGCACGAUAACAACAACCACACAAACGUCCUGCAACUAAUUCUCAACAGUGAUGAUAUAUGGGACUUUGAAACCAACGCCCAAGGCACGCCAGGCAGCGGGCUUCUCGGCAUCCACGGCGGCGGCCACCUAGCGAUGGGAGGUGAUCCUGGCCGAGAUGCAGAUGCUAAUCCCGGAGAUCCGGGGUUUUGGAAUCAUCACGCCAUGAUUGAUCGUAUUUGGUGGAUAUGGCAGUAUCUUGACUUGGCGAAUCGGAAGUAUGCGAUCUCGGGGACGGGGACUUUUUUGAAUGACCCGGUGUCGCCUAAUACUACGCUGGACACGCAUGUUAAUGUGGGGUAUGUUAAACGGGGGUCGAUUGCGAUGAGGGAUAUUAUGAGUACGACUGCUGGGCCAUUUUGUUAUGUGUAUUUGUGA